AACUGUCGCUCUAAUUACUGUUGAUUACUUCACGCGAGUAUUACGGCACAAGAAUCAGACAAAUUUUGUUAUAUAUUUUGAUAAUUUAUCUCGAGUGUAACGGAAAUUAGUACAGGAAUGUUGUCUCCAAAAAAGUAUUUUACACGGAAUUGACACACAUCAAACAUUUUUAAGAAUUUUUACUCUAAUUUAUAACGAUAUUUCUCUCAAUUUCUUUAGAAGAUAAGACGUUUCUUUUCUUAGAGAAUAAUCAUUAAAGUGCACAACAUUGUGCAACAAUUAACAGAGUCGAAUAAUAAUAAUUAGACGAAGAGAAAGAAUACCAGUUACUUUUGUCACAAAAGAUUAAGAUAUGGCUACAGUAUUAGCAUCAAAGGAAUUUUCCUUAAAAUGGAAUAAUUUUUCCAACAAUCUGACUUCUGGUUUUCUUUCUCACUUGAAUGAAAAUAAUCUGGUUGAUGUAACUCUUGCUGUGGAAGGACAAUUGGUAGCUGCUCACAAGUUGGUUCUCUCUGUGUGCAGUCCUUAUUUCAAGAAUAUAUUCAAGGAAUAUCCAUGCCAGCAUCCGGUGAUAAUACUGAAGGAUGUAAAGCAUGCGGAAGUCACAGCUCUGCUAAAGUUUAUUUAUCAGGGUGAGGUAAAUGUGAGACAAGAAGAUCUACCUAUGUUCCUAAAAGUGGCGCAGAUGUUGCAAAUAAAAGGACUGGAGGGUGGUGACAGACAAAUUAUACCAUUGUUAAAUGAUUAUGUCAGUGUGUCAGAUUUACAGUGCAAUUCCAAAGAUGUAACUGCUUUGUCAGAUAUCAGUGAACAAGAAAGCAGUAACAAAACGUCAGAAGGAUCUACACAUUCUCACAGAAUAAUCAAGAAGAAUAGUAAAAAAAGAAAAAUACACACGACUGAAAACGAUUUCAGUUCAGCUAAGGAAUUAAGAAAUGAACCAAAUAUUAGCAAUAAAAACAACGUUUUUGUCUCAUCAGAUAACAAUGAUGAACAAAAUUUACUCGACAGUGAAGAGAAUAUCACGCACGACGAUAUUGAAAGCAACAAUGCUGUUGAUGAUGACGACGAAAUAGUUGAAUUGACCAACGAAUCAAACUUGGCAGGAAACUCAACGCAAUCAGCUGUGGAACCAGUGAUUUAUAGACUCUCUGCCAGAGGAAGACCGCAACUGGUUCACGAGGGAUACGUAUAUAACUUGACAUCUCGUUCCGAACAAUUGAACAGAUCGCAUUACCGUUGUGCGGAACAGCAUCGCGGUUGUCGUGGUAAAUGCUCAGUAAUCGCGGAAAGUUUCAUGCCUACAGGAGUGCACAAUCACAAUCAUCCGCCAGGUUACCAAUCGGAAUAUGAUUAUAGGAAGAAAAAGGGCUUAGAUACCGACAAUGUUUGAAGAGAUUUUAUUCCAUGCAUUCCAAAACAUUUUGUGAUUAAAAUAAAGGAUUUUAUAUCAUUUAAAAUUAAAACAUUAUCGGCAAAAUAUAGAAUCUAGAUUACGUAUUUACGUUUUGAAAAUGAUCUCAAACAAAAUGAGGAAAAUAGGAGCUCUUUGUACGAUUUAUUCAUGCAAGAAGGCCUGGUAUAAGCGAUAUUUUG